CUCCACCCAAAGGGUCGUGUUCGGCAUCGCGCUGCAGCCACUAAAGCAAUAGCCUUUCGCGUGACAUUGCCUACCCUGCUUUCCCACGAUGCGCUUACAAUGGACCGCCCGGUUUGUUCUAGCCCAGCCCACGCUACACUUGCGCCAAGCCACUCAAGUCCUCUGGACGAAGCGUUGCGUGUCAGCUCAAAUUUUGGGCCGUCCUGGAGCGAAGGGACACCCUGUGACUUGUCUGGAAGCGGUCUAUGCAACCGCCCAUGUCACUGAGAUGAGUGCGCCAUCCAGAACUGACGCCAGCGUGCCAUGGCUGGAGGGACGGCUGCAUGCCUACAAGAGCGCGAACACUCCUCCCAGAUCCGUCCUGUCUUCUGCUCCCACCUUGAUCUGCAAUAUCUAAACAACUCUCCAUACAAGCUCUUGGCAACCAGUAAUCUCGGCAUACAUUCAGUCCGGCUGCAUCGACCACAGCAUAGUUUGCCUGCACCUGGCGAUCUCGGUAUCCUUGCCUCAGCCUUACCAAUUGCUCGGAACUCGCGCGGCGCCUCCGUGAUCAGCGGCCGACCCCUACGUACCCCUACGCGUUCGUGCGUAAGGUCAAAAUCGUCACACCUGUGACCGUUGGCCUUUUAUUUUUCACAACAGGGUCUUACGAGCAUUUGCUUCAAGAAGGCUUCCCCCGCCAGCUCAAACUACACAAGUAACACCAAGAACCAAAUUCACACCUACCUCCACCACCCCUCACACAUUAUACAACACUACCACAAUGGACGCACCAAUGAUCGAACUCAAGUCGGCCCUGGCCUC